GUGUUCCCCCCCUUCCACAGACUCAAGGAUCCCUCACUCUCCAAUAACUUUCAAUUUCACUAGUCCGCAUACUCGGCGCUCAAGUGUAAGCGACCGGACUGCUCUCAACGCAUCGGACUUCGCUUAACACCGGACUGCUCAUAACACAGCGGACUGCUGCUAACACAGAGCGUAUCUCCAAGACGCGCGGAAACCAAACGCGCGUAAAAGAAACGCGCUUUACGCGGUGGAGUUCUCCAGCGUGCGAUACACUCCGAUGACACUCAUGCACAGCUGACAGAAGAAACGAUGAAAGAAGCGAUGAGUUUAGAAUGAGUUGUUUCAUUUGAAUGUACUACGUGUCAUUGCAAACCUAUUGCGGUAUCCGGAGGAACACUUGGGAUGGAAAAUAAUUGCUUUUAUCUGCCACGUCUGGACUAUAGUACAAACUCGCAAGGAAGAAUGAAGUAACCGCUAUGGAGACGGACAAUGCCCCGUACUCCAAACUCAAAACAGCUGGAGUAGGGGGGAGGGUGCUGAUUCUCUGGACCAUCCUGUGUCUCAGCUGCUCCCUGAGGUCAGCGCAGGCCCAAGAUGUGGACGUGCUCCAGCGACUGGGACUUUCCGGUCGGCGCGGGGCCGGUGGAUCGCGCUCCGUCCCUAAUGGCGUCAUCGUGGUCAAAUCGGGUGCCAUCCUCACCCAGCGGGCGCGGGUCCAGGUGCCUCUUCGCACGGUCCUGCCCGCCUCCUACACCUCCGCCAACCUCUCCGUGAUCCUCAGCCUCUCCGCCCAUCGCGUCAACAGCGCCUUCGUCUUCAGCGUCCUGUCGAGGAAGAAGAAGCUGCAGCUGGGGGUGGAGCUGGCCCCGGGGAAGGUGCUGGUGCACGUGGGCCAGAGGAACUCUGUGAGCCUGGACUACAACGUCCACGACGGACUCUGGCACAGCCUGGCGCUGGACAUCCGGGGACAGCGGGUGUUUCUGUACACGUCGUGUGGGAACCGGACCGCCCAGGCAGAUCUGCCUUCGAGCAAGGAGGAGACCCUGGACCCAGAGGGCUCCUUCGUUUUGGGCAAAAUGAACCAGAACUCGGUGCCGUUCGAAGGCGCCAUCUGUCAGUUUGACAUUUAUCCUUCCGCUGAGGCAGCUCAUAACUAUUGUGAUUACAUUAAGACACAAUGCCGGGAGGCCGACUCGUAUCGGCCCGCUUUCCAGCCUCUACUACCUCUGCUGCCCCAGGAGCUUAACAUUACUGUUACCCAAAUGACUCCAAGGUCGUUGACCGAGCUUACGAAAAAGGCCCAUAGAGCCACUCUGGGCUGGCCUGAGGAAACCAGAAGGGCCAGGUUCCUCCAGCCCACUCAGAGAUCAUCCAUGUUUCACAAAACGGUGCUUCCAACACACGCCUCUCCGGUGCACAGGACCACGUCUGUCUCAGCUCCGGUACACCGAGGGUCGGCCCGUCACCCUCGGGUACCGGGUACCGACGCCGUCAGCCUGUCUCUGCCGACCGGUACAAGUAACCCAACAGUCCCCAAGUCAACACCUCCUGGCAGGCCGAGCAGAGAGCUGGCAGAAGGAGAUAUUAAAAGGCCCAAACCCUCUGUCAACAGCACGCCUUCAGCUGCCUUCUCGAAGCCACCGGAGAUCAAAUCUGUUCCACAGACCACUGCAGCGGCCAAACUGGGAUCCUCUUCAAACACCUACCUACUCUACCAGAGGCAGCUGAUUACAAUGGCCCCAAAGAAACUCCAGCCAAGAGUGACCAAGACACCGGAUGUUAAACCUACUGUGCUUAUCCCGGUCACCCCAGCUGCAACAGAUGGCUUCCAAAUAUUUGACUUGGACCCGACCCAAUUCUCUCUGCUGGCGGGACCACCUGGACUAAAGGGAGAACCAGGACCAGCGGGACAGGAGGGCCCUCCAGGGAUCCCGGGCCAGCCAGGCAAGAGAGGAUCUCGGGGCCCACCAGGACCACAUGGUACCCCUGGGUGGCCUGGGCCAGCUGGAAUGAAGGGACAUAAGGGAGAUCCUGGACUGUCGCCCGCUCCUGCCCCCAAAGGCGUUAAAGGAGAACCCGGUGUAAUUGGACCCUCUGGAAUGCCUGGCCAAGACGGACGAAAGGGACAGAAAGGCCAUCCGGGGGUGCCUGGGCUUCCGGCCGAACCGGGCGAGCGGGGCGAUCCUGGAAGCCCGGGGGCCAAAGGUUAUCCUGGCAGGCAGGGUUUACCCGGACCGAUUGGGAAGAUGGGGCCUAAAGGAACCAGGGGUCACAUAGGGCUCCCCGGGCUCUUCGGGCUUCCCGGACCCGACGGGGAGAGGGGGAGUCCUGGCGGUCCUGGGAAGAAGGGCAAGAUGGGUAGGCCGGGUUUUUCCGGAGACCCGGGAGAGAGGGGGCCGCCCGGUCCUGAUGGGAACCCGGGGGAGCUGGGAGCCCCGGGCCCCUGUGGGGUCCAUGGUCUCAUCGGGGACAUGGGGCCUGGAGGUGUGAUUGGCUUAGCAGGACCUCCGGGACUCAAGGGAGUUCCGGGCAAUCCAGGGGAACCAGGACUGAAAGGUGAUAAGGAGGAAGUGGGUAUACCCGGCGAGCAGGGUGAACACGGUUUCCAAGGCGACAAGGGUAUCGUGGGGUUGCCAGGGUUACCGGGACAACGUGGGAAACCUGGAUCCCAGGGGAAACCAGGAGACAGCGGUCCUGCUGGCCUGGCCGGCCCUCCCGGCCCGGAGGGGUUCCCCGGGGAUCUCGGCCCACCGGGACACAACGGCCCCGAGGGACCCAAGGGUAGGGCCGGGCUCCGAGGGUUUCCUGGACCCAGCGGGAUCCCUGGACCGGAGGGUGACGAAGGCCCACCUGGGCCGGCUGGACCAUCUGGCCCAGAGGGCAGAGCUGGGAGGCCGGGAUUCGGAGGCAGCGCCGGCCCAGACGGUCUCAAGGGGGAGACGGGCUUAAGUGGCGAGGUCGGAGCGCACGGAGAGAAGGGGCCACCUGGGUUCCUGGGGCCUGUGGGGGAGCCAGGCAUCGCUGGAGAAAAGGGCGAGCGAGGGGAGGUGGGAGAUCCCGGACCGCAGGGGGUGAAGGGAGCGACGGGUCAUCCUGGCUCCCCUGGACAGAGCGGAUCCCCCGGAGAGCAAGGCUUCCCAGGCCGUCCUGGUUCUCAGGGAUCCAUUGGUGUCCGAGGACCCAAAGGACUCAGGGGCCCUGUGGGUCCAUACGGGCUCCUGGGAGGGAAAGGUUCUGCUGGAGUCAUGGGCCUGGAUGGUCCACCCGGAAAACCUGGGUUCCCUGGACAGAUGGGGAAGAUCGGCGAGCGAGGAGAAUCUGGACCGAAGGGAUUUCCAGGUAUCCAGGGACCAUCAGGACCUCCUGGUGCCAAGGGCUUUGCAGGAGAGCCAGGGCCGGCGGGGCCCGCUGGAUCGACGGGGCCUCUCGGAGACAUGGGACCAAAGGGACCGCUGGGGAGGGCAGGGGCGAGCGGGCUGCCUGGUGAUCCUGGAGAGAAGGGGGCCCCGGGUCCCAUCGGAAGCCCGGGAGAGCUGGGCCUGAUGGGUCAGAGGGGGGAGGCUGGAGUGUACGGUGAGGUUGGAGCAAGCGGACCUGACGGAGUCAAGGGCGAGGCGGGCGACGUGGGGGCCGAAGGGGCCCAGGGAGAGAGGGGUCUGUUGGGCACCAAGGGGAAGGAGGGCCCCCCCGGGGCUCCUGGCCUGGUGGGGGUGAGGGGUCAAGAGGGUAAACCUGGAACAAUCGGCCAACGAGGAAAAGCUGGAGACAAGGGAAGCCAGGGCCCCCAGGGCCCGCUGGGCGAGACGGGGCCCGUGGGGGGGCAGGGCGAGCCGGGCCACGUCGGACCCAAGGGUGCCAGGGGAACCAUCGGACCCACGGGGGCCCCAGGCAGGAUGGGGCCACAAGGGACUCUGGGAGUGGCCGGGUAUGAGGGACACAGAGGAGCCCAGGGCCCGGUAGGCCCGCCUGGACCAAAAGGUGAAAAGGGUGAGCCAGGGGACGACAGCAAGGUGGAGGGACCGCGGGGCGCCGCUGGGGACAGAGGUUCUCCGGGCGCCACGGGAACCAGAGGGGAACCGGGGGAUCCAGGAUACGAGGGCCAGCCCGGGCUGGACGGGGCCAGAGGUCAGGCUGGGGCCCCGGGCUCUCCUGGCCACGCCGGACCCCGCGGACAGGGAGGGCUGAAGGGGUCCAAAGGUCACCAAGGCAAGGAGGGGAAGGCGGGGCCGAGAGGACUGUCUGGGAGCAGAGGAUCCCCGGGUCCGGAGGGUCCAGCGGGCCCCCGGGGCGUGCUGGGCAGAGAGGGCCUGGAGGGGCCCUCGGGGAUGGACGGGGCGGCUGGUACCGACGGAGUCAAAGGAAACAAGGGCGAGCAGGGAGGCGACGGGCUGUUGGGUCUGGCUGGCAAGGCGGGCCUGCAGGGGACGGCGGGCGUCCCGGGGCUGCCGGGGAGCCAGGGCGCGUUCGGCGCCAAGGGUGAGAGGGGUCUACCAGGACAAACGGGACCAAUGGGGAGAAGAGGGAUGAUUGGUGGAAUGGGGUUGCCAGGGAAACAAGGAGAUCAAGGACCCGGAGGACAUCCAGGGGAGGACGGUGAUCAAGGUUUUCCAGGAUUCUUCGGGAUGUUUGGGCCUCAGGGUCCCCUGGGUGACUUGGGCCCCACAGGUAUACAGGGGCCGAAGGGGCCCCGCGGACUGAGGGGGAUGGAAGGACCUGCCGGCCCCUCGGGCAUCAUCGGACCCAACGGCCACCUGGGACCCCAGGGGGACAGGGGCAGCCGGGGGGAGACGGGACUGCAGGGGCCCAAGGGACCGCCGGGCCCCCGAGGACCCACAGGGGCCCCGGGACUUCCCAGUAUGUAUCCUUCAUUGCAGAAACAGGAAGCUCUGGACGCGGCCUUCGAGGCCAUCCUGGACUCCCACGUUGUCCUGAGGUCAGAGAACUACCAGCACAUGGACAUGCCCAUGCUGGACCAGGGCACGGCGGUGUUCCAGACCCUGCAGCACCUCAGCUCCCUGAUCCAGAGCCUGAAGCACCCUCUCGGGAACCGGGACACCCCGGCCCGGAUCUGCCGGGACCUCCAGGACUGUGAACAGCGGAUGCAUGAUGGCGUUUACUGGAUCGACCCCAACCUGGGCUGUUCGGCCGACACCAUAGAAGUGACAUGUAACUUCAGCGCUGGAGGACAGACCUGCCUGAAGCCCGUCUCCGUCUCCAAGCUGGAGAUGGGAGUGGGCCGCAUCCAGAUGAACUUCCUCCACCUCCUCAGCUCUUCAGCUACGCAGCACCUCACCGUCCACUGUCUGAACACGCCUGUGUGGGCCACCGGACCCUCCCUGCAGCCCUCGGACCGCGCCGUCAGCUUCAAAGCCUGGAGCGGGGACCGGAUACAGGCCGGAGAUGUGCUGGAGCCCACCGUGAUCAAGGACGACUGCUGGAUCAAAGACGGCCACUGGCACCAGACCCAGUUCGUGUUCCAGACCCAGGACCCCAACCUACUCCCCAUCGUGGACGUGGACAACCUGCCCUCUGCGGACCCCGGCUCGCGCUUCCACCUGGAGGUGGGCCCCGUGUGCUUCCUGUGAGGCGGGGAAGACGCGCGAGACACGGAGCACCUCCCCCAAACCUCGGACUGCAGAGGCAGCCCGAGGAGCCACUAGGGAGGACAGAACCGACCAAUGAAAAGGCAGAGCUAUCUCAUGACGCCUGGCACUAAAAAUCCACCGAUGGAAAAACAAAAGAAUAAGCUUCUCCCGUUCAGAGACUUCUUUACAAGACCUGGGCCGGACCCUUCGCCGCAGACGGAAGGGAGGAAAUAUGACAAAUAUGGAAGAUCUCCAAUGAUCUCUAAUGGACCACGUUGUAACAUAUUCGCUUCACGAUCUCAUUGUUUUCCAAUGUUUAAUCUUAAAUGUCCAGAAGGAGAUCUCUGCAGAUCUACUGAACUUGGUUUCAUCUGCAAAGUUCUUUUUUUUUUUUAUGUUACAUCAAUAAGUACUAUUUAUACCUGUAUAUGUACUGUAUAUUUUAAUAUAAAGUGCAAUAGCUAUCGCUCCACAUCCUUGCAUAACAAUUCAGGGCACUAGGUGAUAACUCAUCCAGAAAAGCAGCGAGCCACAGAUGGGACAGUAACCAGGGGACUCAUCACACGACCGACACAGCAGCAUCAUCACACACAACCCCUGCUGUGCGGACGGUGUCAAGACGCUACCUCUGCUCUCCCUACCAAUCCAUAAAGACAACGGGGGCCAAUCUUCUGGGGGAGGAGGAGGAGACAUCUGGUGCUGUACGAUACUGCCAUGCAGUCUGCGGAGCGCCCUAGUCUGCUUCUCUUCUGAACUCUAAACAAAAGGGAACUAUGUACUGUAGUAGUAGCCGAAUUCAGCGAGGCUAACUCUCAAGCAUGCAGCUUCACGAGCAAAACAACAAUCAUUGUGGGUCUUGACACCGUGUUACAUUCUGUUCAAAUGUACAUAAAUAAUGCAACUGUACAAUGCAGGUGGAUGCUAUUUAAAUGUUAUUUAAAUCCCCCUUGGGCUUUUGUUCAUUCAGUGAGUCAGGCAUUGACUGUAUUGUUUGGUGAGUCUACGUGUCUUUCUAAUUAAACUGAGCGGUCCCAACACCACACAGGA